CCAGUUUUCUAAGUGGUUUUAUUAUUUUAAACAACGGAUUAUGAUGAAUUCAUCCAAAUCAAAAGUUCAUUAUUGCUGUGUAUGUAGAAAAAAUUCCAGGGACCAUAACAACUUGAACUUGAGUUUCUUCAGGUUUCCCAAGGAUGAAAAUCGGUUUGCAGAAUGGAAGAAAAUCGUUCAAUGUGAGAAACUUGCCAUGUACAGUGCUCAAUACUGUUAUGAGCACUUUAGAAUAUGUAGUUUACAUUUUGAGGAACCGGCCUUUGCAGGAAUGCUAAAAAGCAGGUUGAAAAAAAACGCAAAACCAUCUAUUCAUCUUGUGAGAUUAAACAUUCCAGUUCAAGGCACACCUGUGGAGAAGUUACAAAGAUUUGCGAGUACUCCAGAAUCAUUGACAUAUAGAAUUGAAGGGACAUCAGUUGUAGAGGAAUUGCAGGCAGUAGCAAGUACCUCUGCGGAAUCUAUGAUGUAUAGUAUUGAAGAGACAUCAGCUGUAGAGGAAUUACAGGCAAUAGCAAGUACCUCCGGGGAAUCUAUGCCACAUAGUAUUGAAGAUGAAAUUUUGGAUAUCUCUGAAGUGAUUGAAGUAUCUGAGAAUUGCAAUGGUGCUGGCGAUGGAAAUAUAUUGCCAGCUGGUCCUUCAAACGUAGCACAAAAUCCAGAAGUCUUACAAUCAAGUGAACCUUCUAGUACAAACAUUUGUAAUUCAAGGUCCAGAAGAGAACCAGUAUACUUUGGCGAUUUUAAGUUAUCAGAUUUGAAUAAUAUGCAGUAUCGGAGGAAAUUUUGGAAAAUUGCUCAUGAAACUGUUUAUAAGUACAUAAAAGUGAACAAGUGUAAUCAAUAUAAAAUAAGUAAACAAAGAAAGAGAAUAAAAAGUUUAAAUAGCCUAUUGGAUAAGCUAUUAAAAGAGAAGAACAUAUCUGAAGCCCAGUCAUUAGUAUUGAAGGAAGAAAUUUGAUUGACAAAUGGAUUCAGUGUCCUCAGUCAUAUAAAAGAAACUAAAAAGUAUAUUUUGCUCAAAAAUUAAAAUAAUAGUAUAUUAAAAGUGUUGCUUAUUCCCAA